AUGGCGGUGAAUUUGAAGAGGAAAGCUCAAUCUUCAAGGCGGGCAAGGCAUGUGACACAAAGACCACAAGUGCAUGGAGUAGAGAGUGGCAAUGUUCAAACCACAAACCAAGUGUACAACGUGUGCACUAAUUGCAAUGAAAUAGGCUAUACGGCGGAAGUUUGUGCAGUGGGAGUGGUUGAUGAGCAAGUAGAAGAGGUUAAUGCAAUUCAAGGAGGGGGUGGUCGAAAUUUCAACAUGAACUCCAACACAUACCACCCCGGGUUGCGAAAUCAUCCGAAUUUUCGCUAUGGGAACGCGGCGAACCAAGCUAACCCAAACUUUCAAGGAGCUAAAGGUAACUUUGCACCUCGUCAACAAUACAAUCAAGGCAAUUAUCGGGGUGGAAACAAUUAUGGUUAUCAAGGGCAAUUCCAACAAAUGGGUCAAGGUGGUUCGGGUCAAAGUUCAUCAAGCGGGAAUGAAGUCAUGGAUAUGCUUCGGGCUAUGCAACAAGAUAUGCAAAAGCGGAAUCAACUCGAUGAAGUCCGGAUGCAAAAGGAUGAGGCCAAAUUGUCACCGGGUUUGGUCGAGGGGGUAGUUGAGGAUGCCACGGGUAAUGAAAGUGAUGAUGAUGUUUCGCCGGUUACACAUAAAGAAUCAAAUGUUAACAACCCGGGGUUGGGUGAAAACGAGAAAAGUGAAAAAGUUGAGGGUGAACCGAGUCAAGUCCCAUUUCCAUCGGCCUUACUUGACCCGGGUAGGAAAAAUUUUAUUGCAUCAAGAGGUCCCCAAAAAGAAGAACUGUGGGACAUGUUCAAACAAGUAAAAAUUAAUCUUCCACUACUUGAUGCAAUAAAACAAGUACCCGCUCAUGCGAAAUUUCUUAAAGAAUUAUGUACUCAAAAAAGGCAACAAGAGAAGAAAAUGCCUAAGCGGGUAGACUUGACCGGGCAAGUAAGUGCAGUUUUGAACGGGGAGCUUCCCCCAAAGCUCAAAGAUUCGGGCACGCCAUUGAUAAAUAUACAAGUUGGUAAUUUUCAAAUGGCAAAGGCGUUACUUGAUCUUGGAGCCGGGGUAAGCAUUUUACCGGGGGGCUUAUAUGACCAAUACGACUUUAGUCCGUUAGCAAGAGUGGAGACAACGGUUGUUUUAGCCGAUUUGUCUCAUAAGUUACCCCGAGGGAUGGUUCAAAAUGUGAUUGUAAAAAUUGAUGAGUUCUAUUACCCGGUUGACUUUUUAGUCAUGGACCACUCAUUCGCAGACCCAAAACAACAACAAAAUGUUAUUUUGGGUCGGCCAUUUUUGAGCACCGCGCAUGCUGUGAUCGAUUGUAGAUUUGGUACAGUCGAUAUGACUUUUGGAAAUGGAAAAUGCGCUUGA